GGGCGGGAGCGGCUGAAGGUCCGCUCCGGAGCCCGGGCUGUCCUCUCGCGCGCGGCGCUGGCCGGGGCGGCGGUGGCGGUGAACGAGAAGGAGGAGGAGGAGGAGAAAGGCGGCGGUGGCGGUGGCGAAAGAGGAGGGGAGGACGGGGGCGGCGUCGGACUGGAGCCGAGCGGCGGCGCGAGCUGCCCGGGGCGCAGUCGUGAGCUCGUCCGCCGGGCCCCCUCCCCCGAGCUACACCCUGCCGUGCCCAGCUCUGCCCCCCGCGUCCGUGCCCCCGCGGGGAGCGCGCCGGGGCUGCCCCCCGAAUGACGGGCGGAAGGUUCGACUUCGACGAUGGCGGCACCUAUUGCGGCGGCUGGGAGGAGGGCAAGGCGCACGGGCAUGGCAUCUGCACGGGGCCCAAGGGCCAGGGCGAGUACUCGGGCUCCUGGUCGCAUGGCUUCGAAGUGGUCGGAGGCUACACCUGGCCCAGCGGCAACACCUACCAGGGCUACUGGGCGCAGGGCAAGCGGCACGGGCUGGGGGUGGAGACGAAGGGCAAGUGGAUGUACCGGGGGGAGUGGUCACAUGGUUUCAAGGGGCGCUACGGGGUUCGGCAGAGCCUGUGCACCCCCGCUCGCUACGAGGGGACCUGGAGUAACGGGCUGCAGGACGGGUACGGCGUGGAGACCUACGGGGACGGAGGUACCUACCAGGGACAAUGGGCUGGAGGCAUGCGGCAUGGCUACGGCGUGCGCCAGAGCGUGCCCUAUGGCAUGGCCACGGUGAUCCGCUCGCCACUGCGCACCUCGCUGGCCUCGCUGCGCAGCGAGCAGAGCAAUGGCAGCGUGCUCCAUGACGCCGCUGCAGCUGCUGACAGCCCCGCAGGCACCCGUGGUGGCUUCGUGCUCAACUUCCAUGCCGAUGCUGAGCUGGGUAAGAAGAAAGGAGGCCUCUUUCGAAGGGGCUCCCUCCUUGGAAGCAUGAAACUUCGCAAAUCCGAGUCCAAGUCUUCCAUCUCCAGCAAGCGCAGCUCGGUUCGCAGCGACGCGGCCAUGAGCAGAAUUAGUUCCAGCGAUGCCAACUCCACCAUCAGCUUCGGCGACGUGGACUGUGAUUUUUGCCCCGUGGAAGAUCACGUGGACGCCACCACCACGGAAACCUACAUGGGGGAGUGGAAGAACGACAAGCGCAAUGGUUUCGGCAUCAGCGAGCGCUCCAACGGCAUGAAAUACGAAGGCGAGUGGGCCAACAACAAGAGGCAUGGUUAUGGCAGCACUGUGUUUCCUGAUGGCUCCAAAGAAGAGGGGAAAUACAAAAAUAAUAUUCUGGUUCGUGGAAUAAGGAAGCAGCUUAUACCAAUAAGAAAUACAAAAACUAGGGAGAAAGUGGACAGAGCAAUUGAAGGCGCACAACGGGCAGCUGCCAUGGCCAGAACCAAAGUGGAAAUAGCGAAUUCAAGGACUGCACAUGCCAGAGCAAAAGCUGACGCUGCUGACCAGGCUGCAGUGGCCGCCCGCCAGGAAUGCGAUAUCGCGAGAGCUGUGGCCAGGGAGCUGUCGCCUGAUUUCUACCAACCAGGCCCUGAUUACAUCAAACAAAGAUAUCAGGAGGGUGCCGACUCUAAAGAAAAUCCUGAAGAAAAGGUACCAGAAAAGCCACCCACACCAAAGGAAUCUCCUCAUUUUUAUCGCAAAGGCACAACACCACCCAGAUCCCCUGAGGCCAGUCCAAAACAGAGCCACUCUCCCCAGCCCUCCUCCCCGAGGCCCUCCAAGAAGCAAAACCCCAGCUCAGGGGCAAGACUUAGUCAAGAUAGAAGGAGUGUGGAUGAGCAGGUGACAGCCAUUGUCAAUAAGCCCUUGAUGUCGAAGGCCCCCUCAAAGGAGGCAGGAGCAAUGGUGUCCAAAUACUCUGGCCGCCACCACGUCCCCAACCCCAGUAAUGGGGAGCUGCAUUCUCAGUAUCACGGCUACUAUGUGAAACUGAAUGCCCCCCAACACCACGCAGAAGAGGAGAAUGAGGAUGGAACAAGCCACUCUUCCUCAGCACUGGUACACAAGCCGUCGCCUAACAAGUGGAGUCCCCCUAAGUCUGUGACAAAAGCAGUUGCCAAAGAAAGCAAAGCUGAGCCAAAAGCAAAGAAGUCUGAACUUGCAAUACCAAAGAAUCCAGCAAGCAACGAUCCAUGCCCUUCUUUGGAAAAAGAAGCCAAUUCAGGCCCUAAUUCAGUCAUGAUUGUCCUUGUCAUGCUGCUGAAUAUCGGGUUGGCCAUUCUUUUUGUGCACUUUCUAACUUGAUCGGAAUCAGGAAAAGAAGUGAAGUCAUGACAACUAGUGGUGUUAGCCCACAGUUCUGCCGACGUGUCCUCAGCCCUUUAAAUGGCACAGACACAGGCAAGGAGGCUUGGAAUUAGGAUGGGAUCGCAAGAGAGAUGAAACUUGGAAAAUUCAGCCAGAGGACCUGUUCAGUUCCCCCCGGGAAUGCUUUGUGGCUUUGGGGUCCUCUGGGAGCUGAAGCAAGCAGCCAUGUUGGAGAGCAAAACUUAAUAAUCAUUCUUUUUUAAAAUCUGCUGAAGCAGCCCCAUCCAGCGAAGUUCUUGGCAUCAGCUACUCCAUCUGUCCCAGCAGAGUGUGACUAAACUGGAAAUGUAUGGAGCUGCAAUUUUUUUUUUUUUGAUGGAAGUCAACAGCUGCCUUACUAUUUUACCAUCUGACGUUUUUAGUAGGGAGCUGGGGAAACGACUGCCCGAGGAAUGCGGUCGGAGGAUUGUGUUGCUGUGGACUUGGUUCCAACACUCACUCCUAGCUCAUUAGAAGAACUAGGUAGCAGCAUCACUCACCAGUCUUAUGCCAUGACCUGCUGCUUUAACAUCCCCUGGAAUGUUCCGGGAGAGAACAUUUCGUUUGCUUGUGCACGACUCUGCUCAUUUUUGCCGUUUAUUUAAAUAUGAUGGAUACUCAUCUACCACCUGCAGUCCUGGCGGGACAGCACACACAGGUCACAUCUCAAGGAAAAGAACCAACAAGAUGCUAAUGGAAAUGUGUUUGUUUUCAUAGCCGUACAUCAUUUUUCAUGUCAUUUAUUCUUCCUCAACCUAAAAGAGGCUAUCUUUAAAAUUUAGCAAGCUGAAGGUAAUUUUAAAUAUUUUAACAGGACUGAGAUGGAUUUUUAUGCACUGAGGAGGUGCUAAAAUUUAAAAGCUGAAAGACACCAGAAUUCUAAGAAUGAUAGUGAAAAUGUUGCAUGGAUUGCAGUAAUCAGUAUUUAAAGGAUUCAGUUUCAUUGCUGACGUACUUUACAACCAAAUAAAAUCUUUCAGUGGCUAUGUUAAUUCCCAUGAAAGUUAAGCAAGAUGCUAUUAAUAACUGCUCUUUUUUGUUUUCGUUCUUGUUCCCAACUUAAUUUUUUGUUGAUACUUUCAGGUAGCAAAGGCUUUGUUAAAAUCACUGCUCCUCAAUUUUCUGCCUUCUGUGUUUUUCAAAGUCCUUUUGUUAUUUCAUUUGGAAUUUUAAAAGCUUAGACGUUUUUAUUUUCAAUAUAUUUGGUCUUUUGCAAUCCUCUGUUGUUCUGACAUAUUCUGAUCUUUUUUUGCUGUUUUAUAAUUUAUCCUUUAUGACUCAGAAGCAUGCUUACUUAGGAGAAACUACAUGGUCAUUAUAAAAGUAGUAACUUAAAAAGAAAUCGGGGAGGAAAAGUUUGUGUCAAGUCUCUUUAAGACACUGCAUUGUGGAGGGGGAGGUCUUCCUUACGAUUUAUGAUUUGCAUGGUUUAAUCAAAUUCUUUUUACCUUGUUAAGUAAGCUAUCUUUUAAUGCAGCAGGGCCAGCUCACUGAAUUCCCACAGCCGCACAGGUGUACACUGUGUGCCUUUUUACCUGCAGGGUAGAAACUCAGUGGUGUUUUUUGCAGAAGUACACUAUGUUUGAGAAUCCUGGCUAUGACCAAUAUGGAAAAAAAGCAGAAGGCAGAAGGAGAGCAAGUGAAAAAUUUACAACUUGUAUAUUUAUUUUUUACAUUUUUGCUUUCACUUUUCAAUUUAGGAAGUACAUUUUUACCCAAGAACAAACUUAUGCUCCCAUGUCAGUCUCCGCACCCCUCACUGCUCUUCCCUUACGCCGUAGCUCCUUAUGCUGGGAAAGUGGAUUUUUUUUAAGAAAAUAAAAUAUUUGAUCUUAUAAGUUUAUUUAAAACAUUGUAAUGCCUUGGAAAUAAUGGGUAACAGAUAACUAAGAUAUGUUUAUAAAAUGAGCAUGUUGGUUCCAUUUAUAAAUAUAUGUAUGAUUUAUAAGCUUUUUUAAAACAAAGCUCAAAUUGUUGGUAUUUUUCUAAACUGUGCACAGCUGUAUUUUACAUGAUGGCUCUUUCUAAUGGGUUGUUAUACUGCACUCUACAUUUUGGACAGCACAUGAAGUCUGCCAAUGUACUUCAUAAAAACAUGACUUUGUUUAUUUAAAGUUUCUUGCUGUGAAAAAGAACUCCCUACCUGUGAGUUCCUUUAUUUAUAAUCCUUGAAACCAAAAUGUAUAAUGUACAGUUUUCACAACUGUAUCUGCUCUAAUAAAAAAUGUUGGUUAUUAAUAAAGU